GGAAUGUUGUCAUGGCAACGGGGGGCGCUGUCGGCGCGCGCCGCAUCCAACGGCAGAAGUGACCUCGCCGCGCCGCGGUCGCUACGUCGCUUUCAGCCGUCCUCAACCGUUUUUCACGAGAUCUUACGUCAUGAUGAUAUACAACAUUUGACAGUACUGUGUUAUUCCAUACAACGAAGCAAGUGUUGUUAGUCUAGUGUUUGUGUUGUGUGUGUGAGUGCAUGCAUUAGGUGUCGUGCAAUGUCGCGGGGUGGUGGGACACAUUUGUGAUCGGGAGGAAGCUGUACGGGAGGGGCGAUUUUCACGCUUGAACAUGCCUUUCGAUUUGAGAUCAGGUGGCGGCGUGGGCGGCCAAGGCGUGUCAGUUUCUACUCAGGCGGAUAUAGCGCAUUCGGCCAAAGGCUACGAAUCAGAGGAUGAAAACGCGGGCAGAAAGCGGCAGAGGGCCAACGACGAGCGGCCAGCCAGCAAGACUACCAUGUACUCUAAGCAGGAGUUCCGAGAGCAGUACUGCAUCAACAACAAACAAUUGGAUUUGCUGGAGUUGGAAAAGUCCAAGAAGGACAGAUUCCUCGGAUGCCUCUCACAGUACCAUAUCGAGAGUCCAUGUUCGAGAGCCAACCGAGCAUCAUUUCUAUCCGUGUGCGUCCGUCGUCGGGUGCCCUCAGAUGAGAACCUUAACUCCGACUACGCCCCAAUACAGCGGUUUCCAAGGUUUGGCCAACCCACCCCACCUCCACCCGAGCUAUGUGCCUAUGACGCCGAUCUGGAGUGUUCAUACUUCCGUCGAAGACCACGAUCCGUGUGUAGCCAGCCUGACCCGAAGCGGUACACAUGGAUGCCAGAAGAUGAAGACUUCACCCGGAUGGAGUGGCCACAAUCGGUAAUAGAAGAUAACGCGGGGUGGCCGCAAAAUUACAACGUCGACCAAAUAAGCUCAGUGAGCCGAGGUGGAUCGUUGCCCAGACCUCCGUCUAUGAUUCCACAUACAUUCUUAUGGCCUACCUUCUGUUGUCCUGCGCACACGCCGAUACCCCCACCACCUCCGCCGCCGCCGCUUACUAUACCGCCACACAGAACUAAACACGUGUCAUUCGCCCGUUCCCACACUUUGACCACAUUUGAUGACUCCGUGAUGCCGGCAGCAGUUGGAGGUAGCCGAUUCCGCCGAGACUGUGAAAGGCUCAUCGACGGACGAGUCGUAAAGCCAGAAACAAAACAAUACUCAACAUUGCCGAUGAUGUACCAGCCAUUCACGCCGUAUCCGCAAUUCAUGCCGGGCCAAAACGCGGCGGCACCGGCUCCUAUCCAUUAUCCAACAACGCAGUUUGCGACGCUGCCGCAUACCACACCAUCGGUACAGCGGCCUACACAAACUGACCAGCCUAAAGUCGUUGUAUUAGAUUCAAUAAAGAAAGGAGUUAUGAGAACACAAGCAACACAGACUGAAGUAUGUUUAGGAAGAAAGCCACUCCCGCCUAAUUAUUUAUCUUUGAGUCCUCGGACUAUUAAACGGGUAAAAAUGGUAGCAGCAGGAGUUCAGACCAAUGGUUAUACGGUAGGUGUAAGAAGGCUCACAAAAUCAUUUUCUGAAGUAGGUGGAGAUAGAUUAGCUGGUCGUGAUACUCAAAGUGAUAUUGACGCUGUUGUUGAAAGUAUUAUUGGAACUGAUCAUGAAAAACUUCAUAGAACGCAAUCAGAAGAACCUCCAAGAUCGCCACGUUCGCCUACAUCUAUGAUGCCACAAUCACCAAUUAUGCAAAGAAUGGAUUCGGAUGAAGUCACAUCAUCAUCUGUAAAAUCAGUAGCAUCAUCUCAGUUAGAUAAAUCAUCCGAACUAAGCGUUUUACAAAGACAAGCUCAAGAAUAUUUUCAACAAAAUUUUCAAUUUAUUCACGAAAGCGAUAGAGACGAUACUAUUGAUGAUGAUAUAGAAACAAUCGAAAAAAGUAUGGCUCUAAAUAGAAGAAAUUUAGAAUACCUUCAACAAGAAAUAGCCAAACAAGCUAAAGGCGAUAGAUCUCUAAGGUCAAUUUUAUCUAAAAGUACCAGUGACGCUUCCCAAAAAACCAUUAAUUCACAUCCGCUUUCAAAAACAUCUACCUUUCAUUCAGAUCCUUCUACAGAAACGUCUGCUACAACCACAGACGAUAGCGAGAAAAACGAAAAAGAAAUAAUAAUUGACUUUGAACCUAGGCCUGAUGAUGAAGCCAUACCGUUCACAACAUUACAUAGAAAAAAUAGAAGGUUACACAAAACUCUUUCUGAAGGAGAAAUACUUUUGGAUGUGAGGAAAACCGAAAUAAAUGGGGACGGCUCAAAAGAUGCUCCACUUGUUAUGUCUACAAGUCAAGAAAAUAUGACAAGAGAAGAUCGUGAAAGAGAAGCUAUGUAUCGGCAGUAUAUUGGUCAAAAUUAUAUACAGACACCUAUUAAGGAUGAGGGCAUUUUUGGUUUUGAACCGGAUGGGUCGUUUAGUUCUUCAGACGGGAAUGCACCAUAUGAAGACUUUCAUGAAAAAUACAUUAGUUACAAGCAUGAACCGUUUAGAAAUCGAAGCGUAAGUUUCGAAGAGCGUACAGAAAUUGUCAAUAAAAAGGACGAAAAUCCUGAAAACAGUACUGCAAAAUCAAGUCCGGGCUCACCAGAACCGACGAGCGCUACCGUAGAUGUAGAACAUAAAGCAAAGAAAGCAGUAAUAUUAAAUAGCAUCACCACAAUCCUUACUCCAUUAGAAAAAAUAUCGCCGUGUGCUUCAAAUGAAUCGCUCACUGUGGACCACAGCAGAGAUCAUUCUGAUGGUAUGUGGAAUGAAUCACAAACUACAGUUUUACAAGUAGAUUCCGGGACCGAAAAUGGAACCGUUAUAAGUUCAUCAGAUCUUAGUUCAUUAGCAGCUUCACCAGGUGCCCUUGCAUUGCUAACACCUACAUCAAGAAGGAAACAACUUUUAUUACUACAACAUCAACAACGAUCAUCGUUAGAUACUGAUGCCUUGGAUGAAGAAUUUGAUGCCUCACAAAGUCAAUCGCCAACAUCACCGCGAAAUAAACUAGAUACCUCUAGUUCAAGUUCCGCACAAGCUAGAUCUUCUUUAUCUCCGCCUGCAGUUGUGCCAAAUAUAUCACUACCAAUUACAAAACAACCAACAAUAUCCAAAAAUAUAUCUCCAAUAGGACCACAUAAAGUUAAUUAUACACCAGCAAUAGCAAUUACUCAUCCUAGUGUAGAUUUAGCGGACGUACCGUUUAAACGAACGCCCAGUUUUAUUAAUAAGAAACGUGAACGAGCAUUGAGUCCUUCUAGAAGAAAGGACUUACAAACAAAAGCACAACAAAAAGAACCCAAUGGUACUAUUCCUAAUCAAAUUAUUGAAUCUCCAUCUGAAAUACCUUUAGCUAAGGCAGCUAGUAGUGAAACGAGUUUAGCUAGAACAGAUUCUGGAAAAAUAAAUAACACAGAUGUAUCAGAAAGUACAACAACAACUGAAGACUACGUCACAGCUAAUUCGGAUAGUUCUAAAAAGAGCAAUAGUAAAAAUCAAAAUCAGAAUCCAGAAAAUAAUAAAACACAAGAAGGGUCAUCUUUCGAAAGUGCAUCCAGUCUUUAUUCAUCUACUCGGACAGAAAACAUAGUAGAGGACUUGGUCGUACCGAGUUUUUCACCACCAUUAGAAAUAAGUGGAGAUUUUAUUGUACCAAAUUUGUCUUCACCUCCUUUACCAUUACCUGAUAGAAUUCCUAAGACAAUUGUUGAAAAGAUUGAAGUAAAAGCAGAGGUUAAUCAAACCACGGAACAUGUUAAGAGAGAUAAGACUGAAAUUAUUAAACAUAAUGAGGAAAUAACUAAAAUAACUAAACGUACUUCGAGAGAUACUAUAAGCGGUAAGAGUAGUUCAAGCGGAAGUUAUAGUAUAGGUGGUUCAAAUCCUAAUGUUACUGAAGAUAUAAAUGAUAAAACACCUGUUGAGAAGAUAAAGAAAAUAGCCGAAAAAAUAGAGGUCAAAACAAAAGAAGAAAAGUCAACAAAUUCAAAUAAGGAUAAAGAACAAAUGGUUCCGAAAAUGAUGGGUUCUGUAUCUGAUGAUGAGCGAAGUGUUCAUUAUUCAUCUUCAGGAUAUUAUGAAAGCCCUGUUGAAGAUGAAGACGAUGGUGGUUUAACUUAUAAACACUCACAACGAUACAGAAGUACUAAUAGACCGAAAAUGUGGCAAGAGGAAAAAAGAAGAAAAAAGAAAGCUUUCACAUUAGAAUUUUCUAAAUCUUAUGAUGACUCAAUAUCCACUUCACAAGAUGAUUGGGGGAAAAAAGUAAAAGAAUCCGACUGUAUGAGCCAACGAUCAGAACGUAGUUCUUUUAAACCUACAAAUUUAAAGUCUCCUGAAGAAAAACCUUCUGAAAUAAGAAAAAAGAAAACACAUUUUAUGGAAAAAACGAAAAGUGUUCAAUCGUCACCUAGAGAGCAAAUCGAUAUGGAAAAAUCAAUAAAAGAUAAAUUAACGAAGGAUAAAUCAGCAAAGGAGAAUAAUACAGAAAUAAAAAGACCACAAGAAAGAGAACGAUAUGUUAAAAGAACCAAAUUAAAAGCCAAAAGUCCUACGCAAAGUAAAACUAUGGACAACGGCCAUAACUACAGAGCUCAACAUUAUGAUAGACGUGAAGUUAUAGGUUCUAAUAUGAAACUGCACCUUAAUAUUCCGACAUCAGAUGAUUCAAGUGAACAAUAUCGAAAAGACGGCGCAGGAAAUGGAAAUAUAUCUCCAAGGAAACACAGACGUUUACGAGAUAGUCCUAGAAGAAAAACAGGCGCUAAUUCGAAUCUAGUGAAAUCACCAACAUCGUCAAAUAAUCAUUCAAUAUAUAGUUGUAGACCACGCAGGAAAAGUGGAUCCAAUGAAAGCAUAUCACUUCCUGGUAGUUUACCUAGAAGAAAGCAAUCGAUCCCAACCGUCCCCUGCUUAAGUUCCUUAGAAGCUGAAGAUAUAGACACUACUAGGACACUCGCUAGUGCUGGUUCAAGGUUGACACCUCUGCGAUAUAUAAGAAGUCCAAAUACAUCUCCUAGACAUCACAGAAAACAAGACCGAGACGGAAAGUUUGCUAAAGCAGCGUCAGCUGAGUCAUUACGUUCAGUAUCGCCUGGUUCUGACUCUGUUUUCUAUUCAGAACAAACAGAACACAGUUUUACGGGCGCUGAUGGAGAAGCUAAAGCUCAUUGCUUGCAUUGUGGCAAAGAAGUGCAUAUUGUUACGGCUACACAUGAACACGAUAGCAGAGCUUCAAGAACUUCCCACACUGAUGAAUCAUAUGCUGAUGCAACUCCAGAUAUAGUGCCAGCACCAGCGGGGUUUGCUGAUUCCCCGUCAUGCGUCAGUACUAAAAAGCACUCAAGUGGAGCACGAUUAUAUAAGAAACUUGAUAAAAGAUAUCGCUCUGAAGAUAAGUCCAGACAUCAUUAUAGAAAUAGACAAGACGUUCGUGCAAAAUCUGAAGAGAGAGGGAAAGAAGAAUAUGCAGCUAAUGAAAAACCAGCAGAUACACGAAUUGCACGUUCCGCUGGAAACAGUUUGGAUAAAUUAGCUGGUUCAAGUGCAGAUCCCGAUGAACAUGAAGAGUGUUCUGGUAGCUCGGAAGGAGCUGAUGGAGGUCGCGAAGAAAAAGGCGUUUAUGCUGCGCCGUGGUGGUGUGGAAACUGGAUACUACUUUCUGAAAACGACGAUAACUGGACAAGAAUCCCACCAGAUCUAUUAGACACGACUGAUAACGCCAAAGAAGACCCAACAGAAUCGGAAACCGAAUUCAAUAAGAGAUACGUGGCUCUGACACAUAGACUUGUGCACAGGCGUGCCUGUAUUGAACUAAAUAGGCGACAGGCGGAUAACACAUUUGAAAGCGACAAGACAGUCGUCGUCAGACGUGGCAAUGAAGAGUUCGGCUUCAGGAUCCAUGGGAGCAAGCCAGUCGUAGUAUCAGCGAUCGAGCCCGACACACCGGCCGAGACAUCGGGCUUAGAAGUUGGAGACAUAGUAAUAGCAGUUAAUGGGAUCAAUGUUUUAGAUAAGACUCAUUCGGAAGUAGUAAAAAUAGCUCAUUCUGGAUCGGAAAUACUUGAAUUGGAUGUGGCAAGAACAUGCGAAGUGGUUGCCUCAUUAGCCCACGAAAGUGGACCUGCCGCUUUGUACUCAGGAUAUUUGUGGCGGGCAGCACCUGUGAGACCUCACCAUCCGCCUCGGUGGACACGAAGAUGGUUUGUCUUGAAGAAGGACAACUGCCUUUACUACUACAAGACAGAUUCGAGUAUACAUCCAGUAGGCGCUCUAAUGCUUGUAAAUUAUCAACUAUCAGAAGAAGACGUAGGAAGGCCACAUGGGUUCCGAUUACAGCGCGGUGGCGGUACAAGACUGCAACUGGCCGCUGAUGCUGCUGAGGCAGCCGCUAGAUGGCGUGCUGUACUUGCACAUGCUAUUGAUGCCAGUAACCAGCGUGAUGGCUGGUUAGAAGUUACAAUGAGGAAUAUGAAGUUGCCACCAUCGUCCAUUCCACGGCCUGACUGCUUCGGAUAUCUGAUGAAAUUAGGCUCGAAAUGGAAGUCAUGGGCGAAGAGAUACUGCGUGUUAAAAGACGCUUGCUUGUAUUUCUACAAUGACGGGAAUAGCAAGAGUGCAUUUGGUAUGGCGUGCCUCCACGGGUACAGGAUACAGACGUGUGCACCGGGCGGCAAGAAGUAUGCGUUCGAGGUGAUGCCCACGGAAACGAAACAGCGGCACUUCUACUUUCAUACAGAGUCUGAAAUGGACAGAAAGAGAUGGAUGGCAGCCCUAGAGUACUCAAUAGACCGAUGGAUGAAGGCCGGUUGACGACGACACAUCACUCCAGAUGAUUCAUUCGACGUCUAAUUAAUAGUUUCAUUAAAUUAUUUUAUUUCUUUUUUAAAUAUGUUUUCUGUUAUUUUGACCUGGUACACUUUAGAUGAAUACUAUGAAAAUGACAUAAUAAUUAUACUAUAUUAUUAUAGUUAAUUAAUUUAUUGUAUUUUAAUAGAAUCGUUUAUACAGUUUCUGGACGAGAAGUAUACAGGGUGAAAUCAAAAUUGUUACCAUUCUUUUAAGUGUAUUUCCGUAAGUAGUAAAGAAUCGUAGUCAUAAAAAUUUAAAGUGGAAAUAUGACAAACAAUUUGUGAACAUUCCUUUCGUACAGCAGUCAAGAUUGUACGAGAUUUUUUUUUUACAAAUAUUUCUUUGAGAAAUAUGUUCAGUUUCAUUUGUUGAAUACUUCUUACAAAGAAUACCAAAGAAUUAGAUUUUACAUACGCUGCAUUUAACUUUAUUUUAUUAAUGACCACCAGAUUGAAUGAAAUGGUUACGUCAUAGGAGUAUAAACUAGGUGACUUUGACGUGAUCAAAUAAACGUCAAAUCGACUUUACUUUUUUAUAUAUAAUGAAAUGGAAUUAUAUAUACAUUGUUUUAUAUUAUUCUAUAAGUAAUGAAGAUUCGCAAUAAGAAUAAAUAAAUAAAUAACCUCAGCUGCACUAACGAUAUACACUUGCAUGGCACUGGUAAGGAAUGAUAGGUGAGAAUGAAGCUGAUCAGUUAGCCUAUUCUGACAAAUUCAACAAUAAACCAAUAUUGAUGGUUUCCAGGGGGAACCGUGAGAAAAGCGACCUGACAGAUUAUAUUGCUAGCAAUGAGAUUUUAAUUCCCAUCACUAAAAAUCCCUUCUCUCCCCUUGACGUUGCCUUUUCUUAUAUUUGACGUUUAUUCGAUAUUUUGAUUUAAUCUCAAUUCGAUACAAUGGGAAAGCAGCCCCCAGAACUCAGAUCAAUUACAAACAAUAUUAUUUUUAAAUAAUUAAAUAAUAUUAUUUUUAUACUCGUAUAUGACAACUCUUUCACAGUUUUUUAUUUUAUUAUACACAUAUUACGAUAUUAUCAAAAGUAAUAAUAAAAAUAAAGUCAUUUGCCAAGAAUAAUCUAAAUUCCAAAAUGUUCAUAUUCAUCAAGUGCCAAUAAUAAACAAUUCCAACAUGCAAUCAGUAUCCAUAUAUUUUAAUAUCAAGAUAGUUAAAUUAUAAAAAAUGAAGUAUAAAAAGGCAAAAAUUAUCCUAUUUAGACAUAAUAAUUUUUGUAAAAGCAUUUUUUAUGACAAAUAUACCUAUAGCAAUAAUUAAUUACGCAUUCCAAUAUUAAUUAAAUGUUUAUAACAGUAUUUCCUCAAGUAAUAGACACUGGAUGCAAUUCAUAGGGUUUUCCUGUCAACCCAAGUAUAGGUAUCCACUAUAUACGUAAUAAUUUUUAUAAGCUACUUUAAAAAAGGAAUGUUUCAGUUUGCCUUUUUUAUGCAUGUAUUACACGAUGUCUUUAGCAAUUUUUAUAAUUAUUUUUAAGACAUGUUCGUUCAUUUUUAGCGAAGUCAGUAUAUGUGUAUAACAGAAGUUUCGAAGCAAUUGUCAGAAACGUAGUAAGUACAAAAAAUUCUCAUUACACAUAUUAUUUUGAUAUUAUUUACUCCCGUGUUAAACCCGUGAACCAACAUGAGAUAUAAGGCACUAUUAGCAAAAUCUUAAUCGAUAAAAAAAUUGUAUGAGACCAAUUUGUUUAAUACUCGUAUAUGAACAGUUAUAAAAAAGCAAUGAUUAAAAUCGGUUCAUUAAUACUAAUAUAUCGCAUAACAAAUAUAAAAAAAUACAGUUGAGAAGAGAAACUCAUCUUGUUUUGAAUUCGAUUAAAAAUACAUUCGUUUCUCGAGUUCGUCUUCAAAGUCAACCGAGCAGAACAAAUUUUUCGACACGACUCUGUAUAGAGACUGUUCACGAAUCAAUCAAUCGAAAUUCCCACGUAUCUAUUUAAAUUAUCCUUAAUGUUUUUUGAUAUAUUAUGAGCUCGUUAAUUAAUAUUUGCAGUAAUAACUAUAUUAAUUACAUGAUCAAUCAAUACAAUAAUCGAAAUAAAAAAAAAUAACAUUGUAAUAUGCUGAGUGAAAUCUCAAUUUUUAAGUAAGGAUAGAUAAUAUAUAGCAAUAUUUAUAUAUUUUAUUUAUUUAUUUAUUAAAGCCCACUAACAAUACAUGUAUAAUUAAAAAAAAUCACAUGCACAUGUUAAUGUUUAUUUUAUUCACAAUAUCUAUGUAUACACUGAAUUGAAAAACUCGAUCGAAAUAGAUAUCUGACUGGUACGGGCGAUAUCGAAAUGAGUGUAUAAUUUUUUUCCACCAUCGAAACCAUACCUAUUUGUAAGAAAGUAUUCUACCUAUGAAACUGAACAUUUUUUCUAAAGUGCUUCUUAUUCAACUCUGAAUGGUUAAUUUAAUACGGGACACUCCGAAAAUAUUUAUCGUUUUACAAAUUUAAUUUCGUUUCGACAAAUUUUCAAAUUUCCCUGAUAGAUUUAUACACCCCUAAAAGGUAGUUAAUGGUUUUAGUUUCAUCUUAUAUACCUAUAGAAGUUGCCAAAGUAUGUCUGCUACAUAAACGUAUAUGUAGACAGGUUUUUAGAAAUAAUGUAUAUUUGUAUUCUAUAAAGGUAUUCCAAUCAAUGAUAUCAGACGAGAACUAUAUUAUACUAUUGAUGUAAUAUAAAAAAAACAUGUUCAUGACCUACAAUAUAUAUGUAAAAAAGAUUCUAAAAAAAGUAAAAGCAAUCAGAUCAACAUUCUAAAAAGUAGAAUACUCAUCAUAUUAGUUUUAGAUGAUAAAAAUAAAAUGCAAAUAAUUCUACUUGAUGGAACUUAGUUUAUGUAUCUAAUUGUUUAUUUCAACACAAAAGUUGCAAAAGAUCAAAUAAUUUCGUUUUUGAAAUAUAAAUAAGCGAUAAUUAAAAAAAUAUUUAAUUACUAAUCAUUACAAGUUCUUUUGUUUGUAGAGAACAAUUAUUUCACAAAAUAAUUUUUAAAUUUCAAUAUCUACCAACUAUCACAUUUUUUUUUAUUUAAAGUAACAAUUCCAUUAGCAGCAGCCGUACAUGAAUGAGCCAACCAUCAUAUUUACUAUAUUUUAGGAAGCUCAACAACAACCCAGACCUUAAAGCCGUUGUAUUAAAAGAAACGGAAUUAAACUAAUGCCCAUAUUUUUAAUAAGUAAUUAACAAUAAAAAGCAAAGUCUCUAAAUCACGAAACAUGAAGGAAAGUUAUUAAACAGUUGAUAUUUGUGUAAAAGUAUGUUAUAAUAAAAUAUAUAUGAAUAAAAUCCAAACGACCCGUAAUCUUUUUUAUCCAAUAAAAAAAAAAAACAAUAACGUGAGUUUAUAAGUAAGUAACAUAUACAGAAUUAAAUAUAAUAAGUUAAAAAAUAAUGAAUAUAUUUAAUUAGAUUCAUUACCAGUCCAUGAAUUAUAGACAAAAUAUAAAAUAAAAACGUAGAUAACCAAUACGCAGAAUAUAUAUUCAUAGUACAGUAUUUUACUUAGCUAGAAAAAUUAUCAAAAAUGAUUUUAACAGUACCAAUCUAAUUACAGAAUAAAUUUAUUUCUGUUAUUUUUUCAUGUAUUUAUUUAAUAUAUAUCUUUGUUCACAAAACUAUGUUAUUGUUAACUUUUAAUAACAUCAUAAUAUAGAAGUAACGUUGUUUACUUCGUUUGAAAUUAAAUUUCAUUUUUUAAUCCUUCAGCGUACUUAACGAAACAAAAUCUUCUAAACUGGCUUUGGUCUGGAAUUUCUCGAUUGUAUUUGUGUCUUCUAAAAGCACACUAUGCUAGGUUAAAGGCCAGAUGAUUGUUUUGAUUUUCUGGCACAAGCAACUUAUUAUACAGAUUCAGAUAACACCUUCCCUAAAUUAUGAAAAUAUAAAUUGAUUAUUAUAAAAAAUAUAUACAUGAUUUAAUAUUGAAAAGAAUAGUUUAAAUUACAAAUUGUUACAGUUUUAAAAAACUGAUACAAAUUUACAGGAAUAAUGACAUUGCAACGACGCAUCGAAAAUUAUAUAUGAUUAAAAGCAUAGCUUUACCUAUGUUAUUCUAAAUAGAUGUUUAAAAAUAUAUCAUAUUAGAGAUUUAAUAACCAAGUAAUAAUAAAGUCUUUUUUAUACUUGACAUAUGACUGAUAAAAAUGAGACUAAAAUAUAAACGUCGAAUAAUAAAGAGAGAGUCGAUGAAAUAUAUGAAUAUGUAUAUAAAACCAAAAUCGUAUGAAUAUUAAUGUGGAAGAAUAAACUGCAAUAGUAAAUACUUAUUGUAUUGAGAGAAGUCAAGUUUAAAGAUCGAAGUGAUGAUAGGAAAUGCACAAUUAACAUUAUAAGGAACACGCAAGUAAUGUUUGUAAAAUUAACUGAACGCGAAAAAUGUCUAAUAGAUGUUUUAGUUUUAUGGAAAUUUAGUUUGUUUAUUAGAUUAUAUUUGUUUAAUUGUAAUCUAAGCUAAACUAUUGAACAAUUGUAGUUUAUCUCAGAUUAUUAUUAUAGAUAUAGUUAUAUCAAAAAAUUACGUUAAUGUUAUAAUUGUUUAAAUUUUAACCAAUAUAAAUUCGGUUAUUUUGUUAAAUAUUAUGUCUAAUAAUAAUUAUAUAAUAAUAAGCAGAAAUAAUAUUCCUAUUACAGUAGGUAAUAUUUAAUAUUAGAUGUGAAACGUAGUUAUUAAUUAGUAUAUUGUUAAAGUAAAUUAUGUAUGUGCCAAAGCCUGGUAACUAGAAUAAAAAAAUGUAGUUAGUGUUUUUGACUUUAUUGAAAAGCACGAUCCAUUUUCUUAUAAGUAACUUUGUCUUUUAUCUGUAACCCUUUUCACUUUCACUUGUCACAUUUCAAUGUGAUUACCAUCAGUGUUGUGAAUUUUUGAAUACUUUAUUAUUUAAAAUGCUUACAUUUAUUGUAAAUGAUUUCCUACACAUCGUUGUAAAUAUUACUGAUUUUGAAAGGGUUACAGAAACGCAUAAUCACAUUAAUAUAAAAGAAGAUAUAUGUAAUUUAAUUAUUUGUUAAAAUGAUACAGUACUUACUAUUUCCCCUUAGAAUGUGGUCCAUACUAGGUGACUUAAAAUUGUGCAUUAAACUAAUAAAUAAUAGUGGAUUAAAAAUCACGUCGAUGGUAUGUAUAUAAAUAAUCAGGUAAAAGCUCAAAUAUACUUAAAUGAUAAAAUAAAAAGACUUGAAAAUAAACAAAAACGAUAAAUGCUUAUAUUAUAGAGUAGCCUUGUAUACUAGUGAGUGUUUAAAAUUAUAGAUAUUUAAAAUUGUCGAAGUUUUGUUUAAAUUGUCGCAGGUUUAUAAAUUCCCGUUAUAAGAAUAUAGUAUUGUCUAUUGAUAAUUCAUAGAUUUAUCAUCAGUAAAGAAAUAAAUAGAUACUUAUUAAUGUGUUCAAUAAAUAAGUAAUCCAGGAUUGAAAGGUUUUAAAAUUUAAUUGAUUUUUAAAUUUUAAACGGAUGCCAAAGAUAAGCGAAUUCUAAUGACGAAAUUGCCAAAAUUAGAUUAAGUUUUAAAUAUAAUUUUUAUGCACUGUUAAUUUUGUUAAUAUUCUAUUGUUUAUAAGUAUGUAUAUGGAGAGUAUGAUGCAUUUGGGACAAAGAAAAUAAUUUAACGUCUAUAUAGACGAUUUUUUAAAUAUAUAUGUGACCAUAUGUAUAGAUUUCGUUGUAAUAAAGUAUAAAAAAUAAAAUAAAAAUAAUGUUUCAUUUUACUUAUAUGCAAAAUUGUAACCAUUUUUAUUUUAUUCUAUAACCAGCAGUCUUAGAUUAUAUAGACAGACCAUCGAGUGACAAUAAAUGGACCAAAAUGUUGUCAGCUAAUUGGACGAUUAACCAUUUCUUUAAAAUCUUUUAAUUAUAAAAAAUAAUCAAAAUAAGUCGCAAUUUUCUGAUUGUUGCAUAUAAUUGGAUUCAAAAUUU